AUGAUCCGUCCCCCGUCGACAGACCAGAUGGCUACUGCGAUUGACAGUGUGCCGAGGAAUCGAGUAGGCAACGAGCCCACAGAAGAUAUGAUGGGAGCUAGGACGGUCCCCAUACUCACGUCCACCCCGACGCCCACCAUCAAGACAUCUGCCCCUUCGCCCCAGGGCGAGCCAAUGGAGAUCACGACCCCGACCGACUCGUCUGCCCCCCGCGGCUCCAGCAAGAGCCCGGACGGCGAGGGCAGCACCCCGUCCAACGACCAGUCCACGGCCUCGAGCGCGACGAGCAUGCCUGCGCCGGCGAUUGCUGCGGCCGCCGUUCACCAGCCCAAGAUCGUGCAGACAGCCUUUAUCCAUAAGCUUUACAAUAUGCUGGAGGACCCCAACAUCCAACACCUCAUCAGUUGGUCACCAUCCAAUGAUAGCUUUGUCAUGUCACCAUCGCCCGAGUUCUCCAAGGUUCUUGCGCAAUAUUUCAAGCACACCAAUAACUCUUCAUUCGUACGCCAAUUGAACAUGUACGGAUUUCACAAAGUUAGCGACGUAUUUCAUACGGGCAACCCUGAAACUGCCCUCUGGGAAUUCAAACAUGGGAAUGGAAACUUCAAGCGUGGCGAUCUGGUUGGUCUUCGAGAGAUCAAGCGCCGAGCCUCACGCCAUGCUCUCGUUCACCGAGGAGAGUACCCGAACCAGAAGCCGACGCCUUCUCAACCGGGAACCCCAGCGGAGCCAAUGCCGCCGAUUCCUGACGGGACCGAUCCCAGGGUUGUCAACAUUGAACACACUUUGUAUGAGCUCAGCUCGCGGCUGCAGCGCAGUGAGGAGAAUGCCCACUACAUGCAUAUCAAGCACCAGGCAAUGAUGGACACCGUAACCCGUCUUUUGGAUUUCAACCAGCAACUGUCCAGAACGGUUCUGUCCCUGGUGCCAAAUCCUAACGAACCAAUUCAUCAGGACGUCCUCAAGCUGCAGGGGGAUAUACAGCGCCAGACCGAUAUCUUUCGCUCACUAGAUGAGCCACAUGAGCCACCGCUGUCGAGUAGUCGACAGUACUUUGCGAAUCUCGAUAACCCACCAGUAUCUCCGCGCCAAUUGGCGCAGGAUGACCGGAGGCUCGCUGCACCGCAGUCAAGGGGACCCAAUUUCUACAAACCACCCGUGCCGUCCAGCUUGUCCAUCAACGCUCGUCGGCCGUACGGAUCGAUCGGUGGCCCGGGACUGGCUACUGCUCAAUCCUCACCGUCACCACUUCGACCCCAGGCACCGCCGCCCCCUGCUGGUCCUCAUCCGUUGGCGACUUCGAUCGAACCACCGCCGGGCAGCCUAGCCAGACGCCAUACCUCAGCAGAUAUCAGGGCACACGGAUGGCAAGCUAACCCGAACCCUUUCAUUGGGUCUGGGCAGUCGUCCUCUCAAUGGCCAUCGUCCCCAAGUCGGCUCCCCACGGACGACAGGGGCCCUCGCGAUUCCAUCUCAUCUUUCCCACUUCACGCGCAGUCACAGUCGAGGCCGUCAACACCUCCGCCGCCGCCUCCGUUUUCUAACGGUAUCAGCACCAUGGAUAGCUUCAACAACUGGUCAUGGAAUUCGGCGGGCCGAGAGAACAAGAAUCUAUCUGUCAAAGAAACCUCUCUUCCGCCGACUCGAAGAGGCAGCAUGGCGCAUAUUCUCAACCCCACCGACACGGCGGAGCAGGAAAACGAAGACGAUCCCCGUGGCGAUGAUGACCGCAAGCGUAAGCGAAUGCUCUAA